UAACAAUUAUUAACCGGAAAAAAUAAGAACUAACACAAACAUUGAUGAACGUUUACUUUUCUUUCUUUUGUUAUUCUACUCAAGAUCGAAGAUCUAGAUUUAGGGCUCAACUAACAAACACAAAAACUUGAAUUAUGACAUCCGCACCAAAAAGGGCUGCAACAAAAGGCAGUGAUUUGGAGAUAUCUACAGAUGAUGAAGAUUACCAACCUUAUAUUCCUGUGAAGCAGAGAAAGAAAAUUGAACUGCUGAAAGUUAAGAAAGUGCUUGGCCAAGUGGGAGCCAUUAAAGAAGAAGAUUUACUGAAAGCAGAGAGUAGUGGAAAUGAAGAGGACAGAACUAUUUUAAAUAAAAUAAUAUUAGAAGAUUCAGAUAAGGAAGAUAGCAGAAAUGCUUUUUCAGAUGAAGCAGUGGAGCCUGCGCUAGAUUUAGGACCACUGGCUCAAGUUAGUUUGUUAGAUCAACAUAAUGUUCUCAAGAAAAAAGCUGAAGCAAGGAAAGAAACUGACAGAGAGAAGAUACUUAAGGAAGAAGAAAAGAUUUUAGAAAGUGUAGCAGAGAAGACAGCUUUGAUGGGUGUGGCAGAGUUAGCUAAGGGCAUUGAGUAUACAGAACCAAUCAAAACAGGUUGGAGACCGCCAAGGUUUAUUCUUGAGCAACCAGUUGAAAAAUGGGAAAGAAUUCGUAAAAAGCAUCACAUUUUAGUAGAAGGAGAAGAUCUUCCUCCUCCAAUCAAAGCUUUCAAAGCUAUGAAGUUCCCUCAACCUAUUCUUGACUUACUUAAGAAAAAAGGAAUAGUAACACCAACUCCUAUUCAAAUACAAGGAAUACCAACUGUAUUGAGUGGGCGUGAUAUGAUUGGUAUUGCAUUUACAGGCUCAGGAAAAACCCUUGUGUUCACAUUACCGAUUGUUAUGUUUUGUUUGGAACAAGAAAAGAAACUUCCUUUCAUGAAAAAAGAAGGGCCCUAUGGUCUCAUUAUCUGUCCAUCUCGUGAGUUAGCCAAACAGACAUACGAUAUUAUAAAACAGUUAGGAGACUGUAUGGCCACCAAUGGUUAUCCUACUCUACGACCAGUACUGUGUAUAGGAGGAAUGCCAGUCAAAGAACAGAUGGACAUAGUCAACAGAGGGUCGCACAUAAUGGUAGCAACACCUGGUCGACUGAUGGAUAUGCUAGAUAAAAAGAUGGUCACCUUAGAUGUUUGUAGAUAUCUGUGUAUGGAUGAAGCUGAUCGUAUGAUUGACAUGGGGUUUGAAGAGGAUGUCAGAACUAUCUUCUCUUACUUUAAGGGUCAAAGACAAACAUUGCUGUUUUCAGCCACCAUGCCCAAGAAAAUUCAGAACUUUGCUCGCAGUGCUUUAGUCAAACCUGUGACAGUCAAUGUUGGCAGAGCUGGUGCUGCUAGCCUGGAAAUCAUUCAGGAAGUAGAAUAUGUUAAGCAGGAAGCAAAGAUGGUUUAUAUUCUCCAGUGCUUGCGAAAAACAGCUCCUCCGGUUCUUAUUUUUGCGGAAAAGAAACAAGAUGUGGAUGCUAUUCAUGAAUAUUUAUUACUUAAAGGAGUUGAAGCUGUGGCAAUACAUGGUGGCAAAGAUCAAGAGGAGAGAAGCAGAUCAGUAGAAGAGUUCAAAAAAGGUGAAAAAGAUGUAUUGGUGGCAACAGAUGUGGCAAGUAAAGGCUUGGACUUUGAAGGAAUUCAACAUGUGAUAAACUAUGAUAUGCCAGAAGAUAUUGAAAAUUAUGUUCACAGAAUAGGUAGAACAGGCAGAAAAGGGCAAAGAGGUGUUGCUACAACAUUUGUGAACAAGUCAGUUGAUGAAUCAAUACUACUUGAUUUAAAACAUUUACUCAAAGAGGCAAACCAAAAAGUUCCUGCUUUCUUAGCAACUAUGGAGUCUGAAACUGAGAAAUACCUGGAUAUUUCAGGUGAGGUGGGCUGCUCCUAUUGUGGUGGUUUGGGUCAUAGAAUAGCAGACUGUCCUAAACUACAGGCCAUGCAAACCAAACAAGCCCAAGGAAUAGGUCGAAAAGACUAUCUGGCCCAUAACAGUGCUGAUUGGUAGAGUUAGAAGGAUGUUAAAUAGUUCUAAUUAAUGUUGAAAUAUAAAAAUAAAAUUACUUGUACUUUUA